AUGCACGUCGCGUAUCCACAGACGGUAUACAUGGAUGACAAUCUGUUACGGAUCUUGACACCAACACUGACGCUCCUAAUGACAUUCCGAACGAAUCGGGCGUUUGAACGAUACUGGAGCGGGAGCCAGAUGUGGACUAGUUUGUGCAUGUGUAUACGGAAUGCGAGUAGGUUGUUAUGGACUGUGGUUAGUUGUGGGACGGAUGCGGAGAGGGAUGAGCAGCUGGAUGCGCAGAGACUCUUGCUGGCUGUUGCGGUUUCAAUGAAGUGGGCUUUACGAGGCGAAGACGGCUUCGAACACCCGGACGUAAUCCAGCUCCUCCCCACAAACCACCAUCUGUGGAAACUAGCCUCUCGCCCAGCCCCAUCCUCAUCAGACCCCACGUCUCCAUCCCUCCGCAUGAAACGCGGCAACGUCGUUACAGUCCCGCUCGACAUUGCAUACCGUAUCUCCCACUACACCCGUCGUCUGCGUCACCAAAACCUCAUACACGACACCGAAGACAUCCCACAACUAAAUUCUGCAAUAUCAGCCAUGAUUGACUCGAUAACCAAAUUCGAGAGUAUUGUCAAUAUCAGUGUGCCUCCUAGCUACGACAUGCAUCUAAAACAGUUGUUGUGGCUGUACUUGUUCUUUUUGCCUCUGCAGAUUGUAAGGCCAAUGAAGGAGAUGAGUGUGCUAACGGCGUGCUUGGUUAGUUUUGCGUUUUUGGGGCUGGAUGCUAUUGCGAAUGAGAUUGAAGAACCAUUUGGAACGGAUACGAAUGAUUUACCACUGGAUUACCUGACGAGAAAGCUGCAGGAGGAUAUCGAGUCGAAUAUAGAGCAGUCGUUGACGAGUCAUCGGCGGGAGAGUAGUAUUACUAUGCCGGUGCCGACUAUACAUCUUGGUGUGCCAAAGAAGGACAUAUAG